CGGAUUUCGGGUCCGGAACCGGAGGGUCAUUUGCUUUGGAUGGAUAAAUCACUGUUUUCUUGGGUAACGUUAGGAUGGUUUUGAAGUUUGACUAUGACGACAAAACCAAAGUCCCUAUCUAUCUAACGUUCGCUCUCCGUUACUCCGUCCCAAGAUUUGCAUACGAAAGACGAAAAGAUACAUAUAUACAUAGAUACAAAGUCGUUCAAUAGCUAACUCGAAGAGAAGAAGCUUCCGUUGUACAAGAAGAAAACUCUCUUUUGGCCUAUUAAUGGCGAGCAAUGGGGCGUUUGAGGAUGAACCAGUAGCCGAAGGGAGGUACUCCCAACUUCUGUUAGGGGAUGAUGAAAUUAUGAAUCUUGAGGCAAAUGAGUGUUUCAAUUUUUCACCAUUUUUCUCAUCUGGUUACUCUCCGAAGUUACUGCGAUUUGCUGAUUAUCAAAAGGAAUGUAAAACUGGAGUGGCAUGCAGCGAUUCAUCCUCGGCUUCUUCGACAAAAGCAAGCGACAUUAUCACAUUGCCCAAGUCCAAUAAAAAGAGAAAUGUUUCAAGGAAUCCUGAGGCGAAUGCUCGGGCACCUGUCGGAAGCUGUAAGAAGACGAAAUCAGAAAAUUCUAUUAUCACCCGCUCUGCAAAGGGAAAGAAGAAAGAAAAACUCGGAGAAAGAAUUACAGCAUUGCAACAACUUGUGUCACCCUUUGGCAAGACUGACACGGCAUCAGUACUUCAUGAAGCUUUGGGAUACAUAAGAUUUCUGCAGGAUCAGGUCCAGGUUCUCUAUUCUCCAUAUUUGCAGCCUUCAUCCUCCCUCACUGAGAAUGGAGAAAUCCGGGGAAGUAGUGAAAAACUAACGGAUGAUCUGAGAAGCAGAGGUUUGUGUCUGGUGCCAUUGAAACUCACUGUACAUGUAGCAGAUUCGAAUGGGGCUGAUUUGUGGUCAUCUGCUGCCGUUCUCAACAAUUUUUCCUCACACUGAUGAAUUUUGGGUUGCCUUAGGCAAAUUUUACACUUCGAAUGUCGAGUUCUCUCUGAAAUGGAAGCACUUGUAAGUGGUAAAUAUGUAAGAUCGAGAAGAUAUUAAUGUAAGUUUAUUUUGUUUGGAUUUUGUGGGCAGAAAGUUAGAAAUCGAAGACGUGGUGGGAGUGUAACAAGCGAAGGAAAUUGCGAAGGAAAUUUUGUUAUGUUUGGA